GUAGACCUCACGCGCACCUUCACCUUCCGCAACUCCAAGCAGACGUACACAGGAAUUCCUAUUAUAGUGGCCAACAUGGACACUGUGGGGACAUUUGAAAUGGCGGUGGUUAUGGCAAAACAUGCAAUGUUCACUGCAAUUCACAAGCAUUAUUCUCUGGAAGAAUGGAAACUGUUUGCUGCCAAUCACCCAGAAUGCCUUGAGCAUGUAGCAGCAAGCUCAGGUAGUGGAAAAGCUGACUUGGACAAAUUAACAAGUAUCCUAGAGGCCAUUCCACCUAUCAGAUAUAUCUGCCUGGAUGUGGCAAACGGCUAUUCAGAGCACUUUGUGGAAUUUGUGAAGUCUGUCCGUGCCCUGUUCCCACAUCACACCAUUAUGGCAGGCAAUGUGGUGACAGGAGAGAUGGUAGAAGAACUUAUUCUUUCUGGAGCAGAUAUUAUUAAAGUGGGUAUCGGACCAGGUUCUGUGUGUACCACUCGGAUUAAGACAGGGGUGGGCUAUCCACAGCUAAGUGCUGUUAUUGAGUGUGCAGACUCAGCACAUGGCUUGAAAGGACAUAUCAUCUCUGAUGGAGGAUGCAGCUGCCCAGGAGAUGUCGCCAAAGCGUUUGGAGCCGGUGCGGAUUUUGUCAUGCUUGGAGGAAUGUUUGCAGGCCAUGACCAGUGUGCUGGAGAGAUUAUGGAAAAGAAUGGCAAGAAGGUGAAACUUUUCUAUGGAAUGAGCUCUGAUACAGCCAUGAAGAAGCACGCGGGAGGGGUUGCUGAGUACAGGGCUUCGGAGGGCAGAACUGUGGAAGUACCUUACAGAGGGGACGUGGAACUCACCAUCCUGGACAUCCUCGGCGGGCUGCGCUCCACCUGCACCUAUGUGGGAGCUGCCAAACUCAAGGAACUGAGCAGGAGAACGACGUUUAUCCGAGUCACCCAGCAGCACAGCCAGGUGUUCUCCUAGCCCAGGGCUGGGGGGAGGUGGAGAGGGAGGGGUGGGAGAGAGGAGCAGGAAGGGCUGCUGAUUUGGUUUGCUUUCUCCUCAACAGUGUGUUAGCAGCAACUUGCCUCUCUCUCUCAGAAUGGCAGCAUCACAGCCACUGGAGGGGCUGUGGCUGGGAUUUGGAAUGGAAGGUCGUGCUAUUAACACAGUGCCAUGGGUUCAAAAUGCAAUAGCUUCAUCUUUUAUUGUUGUGCCUAUUUUUUAAUCAACAUUUCUUCACCUGUUUUCCC